CGUAACAGUUAAACGUUGUACUGUACUUAACUCUGCUUCUCUUAUGCCUACACCAGAGGACGGAGAACCACAUGACUGUCUGGCAGAGCUGGCGCAAACAUGCACACCUCGCCCAGAUCUUUCGGAUACUCCCAUGGAGAAUCCAGACCUCAUUUUGUAUGUAGAUGGGUCAGCCUCGCGCUGCCCACAAACAGGACAGGGACAGGUAGGAUUUGCUGUAGUUUCUGACACUGAAACUAUGAUUGCUAAAUCUCUCCCAAACCAUUUGUCUGCACAGGCUGCUGAGCUCAUUGCCCUCACGGAAGCAUGUAAGUUGGCUGAUGGCUCAUCUGUUACCAUCUUCACGGACUCAAGGUAUGCUUUUGGAGUGGUGCACGACUUUGGUGCACUGUGGAAACACCGACAAUUUCUGAAAUCUGACGGUAAGCCCGUUUUACAUCAUCAUUUGAUCAAUGAUCUUUUGACUGCUAUUCUACUACCAACACGGGUGGCUGUAUGUAAAUGCACUGCACACACAGGAGCGCAAGAUGCUGUCUCUAGGGGUAACAGUCGUGCUGAUAUAGCUGCCAAAGCAGCUGCACGCCUGCCCCUCACACUUGACACCUUAGCUCACACUGCAGAGGAUCACUUCUCACUCCCAGAGUCUGUCAUUGCUAUGCAGACACAUGCUACACCACAAGAAAGACAACAGUGGAAAACAGUAGGGUGCACCUUUAACACUGGCAUCUGGCUAGGGCCAGAUUCUAAACCAUGUCUCCCAAAACACUUUUUCCCACAUUUUGCUAAGUUGACACAUGGGUUAGACCAUAUUUCAAAAGGGGGAAUGAUGGUAGCUAUCACACAGACAUGGUUUACAAAGGGGUUCACUACAUUUGCAGAAAAUUUUUGUAAAGCUUGCAUAAUAUGCGCACAACACAACAUUGGCAGAGGAGUGAAUGUAACAUGACAGGCAGCACACCAACCACCAACACGACCAUUUGAACAUUUGAUGAUGGAUUUUGUUGAGCUAACACCUUCAGAGGGGAAAAAACAUUGCCUCGUUAUGGUUGAUAUGUUCUCUAAAUGGGUGGAGGUGUUUCCGGCCAAAAGACAGACAGCUUCAGUGGUGGCAAAAGCUCUUAUGACUGAAAUCAUUCCCAGAUGGGGAAUACCUAGCCUUUUGUCUAGCGACAAUGGAGCUCAUUUUGUAAACUCAGCGAUAACACAGAUAAGCUUGUUUAUUGGGAUAAACAUCAAGACGCAUUGCGCUUAUCAUCCCCAGUCCGCAGGCUCAGUGGAACGCAAUAACGGGACAUUAAAAGCAAAACUAGCUAAAUGCUGUGCAGACACAGGCCUCCCUUGGACAAAGGCGCUACCUUUGGUCCUAAUGUAUAUGCGAAUGCGUACACAAUCUCGUUCCAAUCUCAGUCCGUAUGAGAUUCUGUUUGCCAGGCCUCCUUAUGUAAGGACAGAAAUGCCAAAGGCGGCAAUUCCCUCAACAGCUCUAUGUGAACAUGACAUGUUGAAAUACUGCACCCAACUUUCUUCUGCUCUUUCUGACAUAAGAAAACAGGUUUCAGCAGGUCUGCCUAGACCAUCUGAGGGACCACUGCAUAAGCUCCGGCCUGGGGACUUUGUGGUGAUCAAAAGCUUCAGGAGGAAGAGCUGGCAGUCCAGACGGUGGGAAGGACCCUUCCAGAUCCUCCUGGUCACUCACACAGCAGUCAAGGUCGCGGAACGAUCCACGUGGGUGCACGCAACACACUGCAAACAGGUUCCGGACCCAGGAGAGGUGGCAGGUUCGCUAACACCUGCAACAAGUGACGAGCAGGUUCCCUGCUGAGUCACCUACGAGGGAAAUCGAUUCAGAGACCAGCCUGACAGACGGCGUUCUGUGCUAUCUCUGAAAUCAAUCGGGGAAAAACUGGAGUUUUUCUCACUGAUUUGCAAACACACUGAAGGAGGAGAGAAAGUGUGACCAACAUACUGGUAUUGUACCUUUUUGACACAGCACAUUCCUGAAAAACACUCAUUCUGAUGCUCUGACACUCACAGCACAGUCCUUGUUUUCUUUACACUGAGGAACUGUUGACAUUCCUCUGUGACUCAGAGCAGUGUGCUCAGGCACAAACAUACAGGAGCAGAGUGCUGUGAUAUGCACACAUGAAAACUGAAAUGGUACCCUCCGAGGAGAUUAGGGUCCAAAUUUGUACUGAGUUUAUUCUUCAUUACUGCAUUUGUGAUUUUUGCAUUCGUAAUGUUAGAAAGAUAUGAUAAACCGCUGACUGAAGUAACCAUUUUUUCCAACACCACUUCUCCCAAUGACACAGACACACCCAGACACACUAGGAACACUAGUGAGGAGCAUGGGAGGGGAAAGCGAGUGACGCGUUCCACUACUGAUACCAUCUUUGACUCACACCAUGCGUUGGCCUGAUGAUUCUGGCGCAGGGUCUCUAGUGACCAUUGGUAUCAGAUUUUGACUUCACAAUGGGCAGGAAGAUGUAGUAUGAUAUAUUUGACACCUUCCAUUACAGUUAUGACUUCCCUUCUGCAUACAACUCACCACUAUCCCAUGUACGUGCCCACAUCUGAUGUUUCUGCUAGAGAAAAGCGAGAGGUUACCUGCCCAGGAACUAAAUUUGCAGCAGGAUUCUUUCCUUGGUAUGGAACAGUAAAUAAUGCACAUAAUAUUGAUCAGGUUCAGGAAAGUCUUGAGAAUUUGACUGCUAUGAUGAUUUCAGGGUUUGGAGAAUUUCCUCCUGUUAUGCGAGCUAUGAGAAACAUGCUAAUGCAGCAUCAGAUGGGAUUGGACCUAUUGCUAGCAGCACAGGGGGGACUUUGUCACAUAAUAGGCACACACUGCUGCACAUUCAUUCCAGACAUUUCAGGAAACAUCACUGACACCAUUCACCACUUGAACCUACUUUUAACUAAUCUCAAAGCACAGGACGUCCCAGAACACUAUGCAGGAUGGGACUGGUGGGCCUGGGUUUUUCAAGGGGGGUGGAAGGCUUGGUUAGCUAGAUUUGUUGCACCACUAAUAACUUUGAUGUUUGGUUUCCUGAUCUGUGUAUGCUGCAUAAUCCCACUAGUCAAGAAAAUGAUUUCCUCCAUCUUCAUGGUAAAUAUGAUACAGUAUCAGGCACUUCAGAAUACUGAGUCCUCUGACUUGUUUCGUCUGUCCAGGUAUGAUAAUGAGGUCCUGGACUCCGUUUCUGAUACUGUGUGAGACUGAUUAAAAUUUUUGUUUUAUUAUUUUUACUUAGACGUGAACGCUUGCUACAAUUAAAAAGGGUUUUUUUUGUACCUCUUUAAAAAACAGCAUUUCAGCAAUAGACAAUUAUAUCCAUAAGUUUGAAUCUUAAGAAGUAAAGGCUGAAUUUUGUGAUUAAUUAUGUUUGAAUCUUUAAGAAGUAAGGUUUGAAUUUUUAAAGUAAAAUUUAUUUGUGUGAUUGUUUUGUAAUCAAAAGGGUGGACUGUGGUGGCAAAUUUUAUUUUAACCAUUAUUGAUUAAUGAUUUUAACCAUUUGCUUAAAGAUUGUUUUAAACCUCCAUAAAAUGCUGUUCCUUCCUCUUAGACUCUUAAAGAUUAGAGAGGGACAGCAGCAGCCAUGAACUCUUAGCCUAGUGGUUUUUGUUGAAGAAACUCUAGCUUCUCAUUUUGUUUAACUUUUUAGCAGACAAAGUCGAGAAGGCCACAAACCAUGUCUCCUUCUGCCUCCUGAGAUAAACUAUUGUUUAGGCUAAUGUUGGGAACAGAGAGCA